CAGCCGGCAGCAAACUUCACCAGCGCCAUAAGUUGCGAACAGAUGCCGGCGCCGGACACUCGUCGAGCAUGACGGCCCAGAUACUCAGCUCCGAGCUGACAAAUCUUAUCCAAGAGUCCAAGAGGAAGAACUCCGAUCUCCGCAAUGCCGCCGAUAAAUCUCUCCAAGAGCUGAAGUCGUUGCCAUCGACCUCCGAAGCUCAAUUAGCAGCUGAUCUCCACCGCCGCGCGCUAUUUAUUGAUCCGUUUAUCAAGGCUUGCGGGACGCAAAAUGCCAAAUUUGUCGGCCCUGCGGUCGUCUGCUUGCAGCGACUCAUCGUUUCUCGAGCAAUUCCUCGAAAUCGGUUAAAGGAAGUGCUUGAGAGCUUCCGAGAAACCAGCCAAUUGGGCUUGGACAUACAGCUCAAGAUUCUUCAAGCCCUGCCUACUCUUCUUCAGAAUUAUUCCGAAGACAUCCGAGGCGAGCUUCUCUCCAUUGUUCUCCAGGUUUGCUCGUCUUUGCAGACCACAAAGAACCCCGCCGUCAGUGGUACUGCAGCCGCAACACUCCAGCAACUCAUCAUAUCUACCUUUGAAAAGGUCGUGACCGAAGAUGAGAAACAACUGCAGAUACCGACUGUGACUGAGGUGCCAGGCGAAGAUGGCGCCGUCUCUGUACGCCCUGCAGCCCAUGAUGCAUACAAGGUCUUCCGUGACAUAUGUCUCAUCACGGAGGGCGGCAGGCCACAGUCGAUUCGGUUUUCUCCCAUUACGCAAGCAGCUGGGCUCGAGUUGAUCGAAGCCGUUUUAAAUAACCAUGGCAAUGUCUUUCUGACACACCCAGAACAGGGUAAUAUUCUUCGCAGCAAUCUCAUGCCAUUCAUCAUCAGAUGCUUGUCAGAGAGACUUAGCUUUCCUAUCACCCUGAGGGUUAUGAGGGUUUUUAGCAUGGUUUUGAGGCAACAUCUGACCAUCCUGUCUUCCGAAUGCGAGAUCGCCCUGGGCUUGCUCAACCACAUGCUUGAUCCGGAUGCCGCAGCACCUUGGAAGCGCGCCAUGUCUAUGGAGAUCUUCCGCAAUGUCUACACGGACCCAAAUCUCAUCCUCCGAAUCUAUUCUCAAUAUGAUGCUUCAGAAGGUAAAAGGUCAAUCAUCCGUGACAACCUGUCAGUGUUUGUCCGCCUGUCUACAGAGCGGCCUGCGGUCAUUGGGCUUGGCCAACAUUCAACGGCACCUGUUGGCGCGCCAAUUGAAAAUGACGCCCCGGCAGCACAGGCAGCACUUGAAGCUGGAGCUGUCGCAGGCAUCAUCGGAGGAGCCCCGAACACUGCAAGUGUGCCAGGUAUCAGUACUCAGUGGAGCACCCUAAGGAUACCUUGUAUGGAUCAUCUCGAUAAAUCAGAACCGCCAAAUUUACCCGAGACCUACAUCUACAGUCUUGUUCUGAGUUGCAUCAAUAACUUCUCUGAGAGUCUGGCCAAGUUUAUUCUCCCACUCACUGUCCACAACGAGGGUCGUGGCAAGAAGAAGAAGGCUGCAAACAAUGAGCAAAACCAGUCGGCCCCUCCUACACCUACCGAGGAGAAACCUAAAAGCCGAAUGGCAAGGUCACAGUCGUUCCGUCGGCGGACGGUUCCAAUAAAUCCUUUGGAGCUGAAAAACAACCCAUCCGAGGAAGCCAUCAAGAUGACGGCAGCAGCCAUCGAUGAUUGCUGGCCGGCGGUCCUCGCUACUUGUUCAACCUUUUUGAAUGCAGCGCUUGAUGCUGAAUAUUACCACGCGCUUGUACGGUCCAUUCAAAAGUUCACGCAAAUCGCCGGUCUUUUGAGGCUGACGACGCCAAGAGACGCUUUCCUCACGACGAUGGGUAAGGCUGCAGUGCCUCCUACCGUCUUCACAGCGAAUGUUUCUGCUCCCAAGGCAGCAGGUAAUGAGACUCCUACUGCUGUGAGCAACCCCAAAGGCCUCCUUAGUGUCGACAGUCUAGUUAGCCAGAAUUCGGACAAAAGCAGGCGGCAGUCUAUGGAAUCUGGGGCACCAACUCUCAGCACGCGUAACCUACUUUGCCUUAGGGCGCUCCUCAACCUCGCAAUUGCCCUUGGGCCAACGCUAGAAGGAGCUUGGUCCAUUAUCUUCGAAACGCUUCAACAAGCCGACAUGAUCAUGGCGACGGCGAAUGCCACCUCCAGUGGCCGAGACCGACGAGGCAACCGGUAUGACGGUGGAGCACUGGCGCAAAUGCUGGGCUCGGAAGUUUCCGCUGUACAGGCUGCUGCCUCUCGACUGUUCGAGAGCACCGUCGACUUCCCCAAUGAGUCUUUUAGCCAGGUCCUGAACGCACUUUGUGCUUUGCUGGAAGGCAAGUCUGGGGCGGCCUCUCAGCCUCCUUCAACGCCUAUGCUUGAGAGGAGAGGUAGCAGCUUCGCCGGAAUCUCUAUCAAAGCCGAGUCUCAGGUCCAGGACUACGUUUUCGCUCUCAACAAGAUUGGUGAUAUUGGGACGCUCAAUUCAAACCGCCUUAUCAGUUUUGAGCCAAAUGUAAGCGGUUGGGACAUCUUGAUGAAAUCUCUUGUCUCUAUCAUUACCAGUACGACAAUGGUCAGCUCGCUUCGUUUGCUGGCGACGGAUGUUCUCAGUCGACUAGUCCAAGACCUUGCCAACGAAACCAAACCGGAAGACCAAGACCUGAAGAACGAGAUUCACGGUCGGAUCCUUACAGCGCUGCAAGAGGUAGUCGAUGCACUUUACAAAAACGCAAACAGUCCCCAGGACGAGCUCGACGAGACAGAUGUUGAGGUGCACGUGGUUGUGUUGGACGCUGUCAAAUCUAUCUUGGAUCAGUGUGGAGACUCAAUCACGGUUGCUUGGGGAUCGGUUUUCACUCUGAUACAAAGCGUUUUCACCUCGGCCAAAUUCAAAAACGAAAAUCAUCCUGAUGAUGCAGGAUCAAGCGAGAAACUAAGCAGUCAGUUGUCAUCGCAAAUGAUCUCUACGAAGCUCGGUAGACUUGCUUUUGGCUCUGUACAACUGGUUUGCUCUGAUUUCUUGGCAUCUAUCCCUGAUGAUGCGAUAUUGAUCUUUUUGGAUCUUUUGUAUCUUUUCUGUGACCAGGGAGAAGACCUCAAUAUUUCUUUGACCACCAUCACCUUUUUCUGGAACGUCUCAGAUUAUCUCCACAAUCGGAUUGAUUUAGCCGAAAUGGAGGGUUUGGCCGCAAAGUCCGUCGAUGUUGCGAAUCCAGAUGAGAAAAUUCAGGAAGGAGUUGAGGCGCAGUCAAUACCUGCAAUGUGGCUUCACCUUUUGCUUCGCAUUGCUUCCAUCGCUCACGAUCGACGAGCUGAUGUACGCAACGGAACGUUACACACAUUGCUCCGAAUCUUUGACAACUAUGGAGACCAGCUUUCGCCCACGGCAUGGAAUUUGUGUCACAGGAGCAUCACCUUCCGCUUGCUACGUCUUAAUGUUCAGCGUCAAAGAGAACUCCGUUCCGGAAGCGACCUUGCAGAUGCUGAGGAAGCCAAUGGUUGGGUUGAGACGACAAGCAUCAUCUUGAAUGGCAUGGUCAAACUGUUCGGCAAUUACCAAGACAGCAUGCUGAAGGCGCCGCGCUUUUCCGAACUUUGGCAAGCGAUUCUAGAUUGUUUCAAGGCGUACUUGACUUGCGACUCGCAUGCGGUAAAUGCUGUAGCUUAUGAUGCCAUCGGUGGCCUUCUCGGCAAGCUCGACUCUGCCGAACAUGUGGGUGAAACUGCCGUUCGUCAGAGCUCUCAAAUAUGGCUCGAGAAGUUCCCUGAGAGCAAAUCAAUUACUGGCAAUCACGAAGCAUUCUCAGCAUAUGUUCGAGCUUUCAAAGAGGUCUAUCGUUUGAUCGGCAAGACUCUAGACGUUGCCGACAUCGAGAAGGCCGCUUCAAAUCUACGCAGAUGUGUAGUAGAAGAGGAGAGUACAGCCUACUCGUCUGACAAGGAUCUCUUGACACCUCUGCAGAAAGAGAUCACCGGAAGCAUCAAGAUGAUCGGCACUGACCUUGAAGGGAUCCCAACGAUUGUUGUGAAGCUACUGGCAGAUCUUGUUUCCUUGCCUUUUACCAAAGAGCCAUCUACAGAAGCCCGGACGGGAAACACUUUCAUCGCUCUUUGCAAAGUAUCGAUGGACCUCCUUGAGGCAGAAGUUUCGGAGCAUAUUGGCAAGGCGGAGUUGUUCGCUCAAGGCGCUCUACUUGCCGCACUGACGAGUCUUCGCAUCCCCAUCAAGCUGAAGUAUGAAUGGAAGACUCAGGGCAAAUCCCCACCGACAUGGCAAAAGGCUACAUCGACCGCAUUGAAAAUCGUCGCUCCGGCCCUUGAAAAUGCACAACGUCUAUCCACCCCUGACGACCAAAUGAUUCCAUUGUGGGAGCAAAUCGUUCACAUCGCAGACGGCAUUGCCAAAGCUGACCCUUCCGCCGCGCCUUCGCCAAAUGUUAUUCUCGAAGACGAAGCCUUCGACAUUAAGUCACUUACGACCUUGCGAGACGCGAUAAUCCCUGGCCUCGGUGAGCCCUACAUUCCCGACAGCACAAGACGGACCUACACACUCAGCCUCUUCCAAAAUUCUCUGAUUCACGCGCCAUCGGUCGGCGAACUGCCCACGUCUACUCUUGCCACCGAGCCCCUCUCCUCGCUCUACCACAUCCGCCACGGCCGCACACACGACCCCGCACCUACGCCACGCACCGCAAUGGCGUACUUCUGCCUGUGCGAGCUGAUAGCGCUAGCGCGCGUGCACGACGGCAGCGACGAGCGUGUCAAACUUGCCGCCGCCGCCGCGCCAUACCUGCUUCUGCGGGCGGCGCUGCCGCUGAAGGCAUACGUGGCGGACACGCCGCUACGGGGCCGGAUGCCGCAGCCGCAGCCACAAAGGCAGGAAUUGCUUUUCGUGCUGGGGGAGCUGCGGGCGUUGGAUGUUGAGCCGAAGUGUAUGCCCGAUACGCCGGGGGUGAAAGGGCUGAAUAAGAAGCAUUUGCAUCGGCUGUAUCCGUUGGUGAGUCGGGCGGUAUCUGUGGCAGGAGUGGCAAGGAGGGAUGGAGAGGUCUUGGAAGGGUUGGUAAAGGUUGUGGAGGGUGUGGGGGAGGGGUUUGGGGUUUGAUUGAGGGGUGAUAUGAAAGGAGUAGGGUGCGCGUGGGUGCCCUGAUGAUGGCUGCUGCUUCUUUUCCUUUUUCGCGUUCUUGAUGCUGCUUUGCGGCAUAGCUGUAAUUUGCUUUUUGUUUGUUGCAGCUUGUUUUCUCGACCAAUCGAGCAAUAUUCUAUGUCAGCCAUGUUCAGUUGAAAUAUAUAUUUUUUGUUAUAAGGC